GCCGAUCUGUGUGUCCCCCGUCUCAAUGAAGGGGAUCAGGUAGUAUUGAUCAAUGGACGGGACAUAUCCGAGCACACGCACGAUCAAGUCGUCAUGUUUAUUAAGGCGAGCUGCGAGAGGCAUUCUGGGGAGCUGGUGCUCCUGGUGCGGCCGAAUGCCGUCUAUGACAUCGUAGAAGAAAGGAUGGAGAACGAGCCGGAUUUCCAGUACAUCCCUGAGAAAACCGCCAUAGACAGCGUCCACUCGGACGACGACACUCUGAGAGAGUCCAUGAUCCAGCUGGCAGAGGGACUGCUCAACGGGACCGUCCUGGCGCAAUUCGAUCAACUGUACAGGAAGAAGCCGGGGAUGACCAUGUCUUGUGCCAAAUUACCUCAGAAUAUUUCCAAAAAUCGAUACCGAGACAUUUCGCCUUAUGAUGCUACACGGGUCAUAUUACACGAGGGCGACGAUUACAUCAACGCAAACUAUAUAAACAUGGAGAUCCCGUCCUCCUCAAUAAUCAACCGGUACAUCGCCUGCCAGGGACCGCUGCCAAAUACCUGUCCUGACUUCUGGCAGAUGACCUGGGAGCAGGGCUCGUCCAUGGUGGUCAUGCUCACCACCCAGGUGGAGCGGGGGAGGGUGAAGUGCCACCAGUACUGGCCGGAGCCCACGGUCAGCUCGGAAUUUGGGAAUUUCAGAAUAACCUGCCAUUCAGAGGAAGGGAACCCCGCUUAUGUUUUCCGAGAGAUGACGCUGACGAACCUGGAGAAAGAAGAAAGUCGCCCUCUCACUCAGAUUCAGUACACGGCGUGGCCCGACCACGGGGUCCCAGAUGACUCCAGCGACUUCCUAGAUUUUGUUUGUCUUGUGAGGCAGAAGAGGUGUAACCGCGAGGAGCCGGUCGUCGUUCACUGCAGCGCCGGGAUUGGUCGGACAGGCGUGCUCAUCACCAUGGAGACAGCGAUGUGUCUGAUGGAGUGUAACCAGGCCGUGUAUCCACUGGACAUCGUACGGACGAUGAGAGAUCAGCGCGCCAUGAUGAUCCAGACUCCGAGUCAGUACAGAUUUGUGUGUGAAGCCAUCUUGAAGGUCUAUGAAGAAGGGAUCGUAAAACCUUUAAUAACAUCACUUCAUUAAUGGAAGGAACCAGCGAAUGAAGGAGCCCGCCACCACCUCACCUCCCCGCGGCAGGGAGCGCGCACGCUCAUGGGAUGUGGCCGCUCGCCCCGCGCCCGGGAGCCGGUGACACAGAAGGACUUUGAGUAGAAAUAAUACAAAUCAGCACUGCUGCACUUUAUGUUAGAAAGAAACAAAAUAAUAGAUUUCUGAACCUCGACAUUUCUCAUGCAUCAAAGGACUCGAUUGUUUUUGUUGUUUUUUGUUUUUUUUAUUGUAUUUUUGAUUUUGAUAUUUUU